ACACAUCAAACUGCUUUAGUUUGGAAUGGGUACGAAAAAGUUCGGCACUUUGCUUUUGCUGUUGUUUAUUUAACUGGAGCGUUUUAUUUAAGUGGUCGAAACAUCGGAUUCUUGCCAACACUUUUAUUAACCACAACGGGGAUGGAUAAAUUCCCAACGAGGUAAUACACGUCCCAAAGAAGCUGGUCCGACUAUAAGGUUUAGAGGAACUUCGUGUGGACUUUACCAUGACUGAUUUACAAGAUCCAAGGCAUUUAUUGAACGGAACGAUUACCUUCGAAGUGCCCGUUUUGGAGAAUUUACACCUCUCUGGCCCCACUUCGCAGGACAACGGGGGCUUUCCCCAUUCUCCCGAUUCGCUUUCAUUGCUCGCACCGGAUUUUGCGGCUUCUGCGGAUCAGUUAACAGAUGUCCCUCCUACGGUCCCACAGCAGCAGCAGCAGCAGUCACCGAAGAUGCCAUGCUCUGAUGUGGAGGACAGUGCGACCGUCUGUCAGCCAGCUGUGGAAGAGAACAGUGGAAAGGAAUCCCAACUACUUUUGUCAAAUGUGCUCCCACCGGAGUUGACCGAGGCGGAUAAGUGUCUCACGCCCUCACACUCCACAAGUGUCCCAUCAGAUCCCAUGAUUGAGACAGAGUUAAUGUUUCAUGAGAUGGAAAGGCGGCUUCUUUUGCCGGAUAGCUUGUACGUUGCAGCUGAGCACGGUUCCUUUCAAAACACUCCCCCAGCGCCUAACUCACAUACACCGGGAAGUCCGUUGGCGACGGAUGCAGUGGAAGUCAAUGACAACCCGAAGAUUCCGGAUACGGUGGACACCCAACGAACGCCUGCAGUACAGCUGGAGUCCAUUGAGGACGCGAUGCUUAAUCGCGCAGCGUCUGCGGGACUACUACCAUCUACAUCGACUGACGCGCGUGAACAAAGUCCUACUCGUGAUCCGCUGUAUGACAAAUUGAACCUCUUGGGUGCAUUACUUCUUACACCGCCGCCGCCAAGUGAACAAGAACACCCGGGUGACAUUCUGCCUGAGCCUAGGUUAAUCUCUCUACCUGAAACAAACCGCCCUUUGUUAGAUCAAGAUUUUCUAUCAUGCCCCGACCCAUCACGAGAUUCUAUGCAGGAUGAUACCGAAGAACGUAGUACUCCAUCUGCUGAUUUAUUCCCGAAUUUUGGAGAACCUGAUGCAUUGGGUCAACAACUACGUCCAGGGGAUACGAGUGGACCACCUCGCAAUCUCUCUGAAGUCUGCGGUCUCGGUGGCAAAUAUCCACGGAGAGAUGUGAACUGGUCUACUGUCUCGUUGUGUUCGUCAUCUGACUCAGUAAACGGUAGUCAAACUCCUGUAGACCGUGUCCCACUGGAGCUGACCACUUUCACUAUCGGCGGAGUCGGAACGGACACUCCUCGUGCACUCUCCCCGACGACAAUGGGUCUUCUCCGAUCGUUAGUGGAGCAGUCGCAAAGACAUUCUCAACAAAUGGAGUCAGUAUUGGCCCGUUUAAGCGAAACGCAAAGCCAACUAAGUUCUCUCCAACAAUCGCACUCGCAAUUACUUGAGAGUUUGAGAAGAAGUCCUACUUUCGGUCCCCAACGGGUUUCAAAUUCACAAUCGUCCGCUUCCCUAUUCUCCGAAGCUGGAAUGGAAGCGCAAACACCCGGAUCCAGGCAGUCCUCGAUGCAAGUGUAUCCCGCUCCAAAGAACAAAAGCACUCCCGGGUCCACAGAUGAAUGCGUAAUACCUAACUGGGGCAAGCAAGUUCUCUUGCAACUUCGAACUCAACAAGGGGACUUCGCGAAACGUUUCACGCAGAUGGAAUUCCUAGUGAAUAGACUUUCGUCUAGCCUAAACGAACUCACAGCAUCCUGUAAACGAUUCCAACCACCGACGGCCUCCACCUCCCAAUCUAGUGUGCGGUCGGAGCAACUACCGAAGCUGCUCUCCGACCGUAUGAAACCGAUCCUGAAGGCCGAACUUGAAAGUGCCUUUGCUAACCAUAUCCCGCGAUUCAUUGAACCAAUUCAAGGUACCAUUCUUCGCCUGGUUCAAGACUGUUCGAGGUCAUUACCUUCGGCUCUGUCAGACAGUUUGUCACAUCUGUUACGUGAUAAGAACUUUUGCGCACAGUUCUCUCGCACUCUGUCUUCCUCGUUGACUCCGGAUCUGUGUGGUGCCUACCGUGAAUCACUACAACAGUGUUUUGUUCCAGCUCUGGAGAAGAAUCUGAACCGCCUGUUUGAAGAACUGACAUUAAUCUUCCGAGCUGGAACACAACAGUACUUGGACGAGAUUAAAAAGCACUUACCCUCGACUUUGGACGCUGGUGCGGUCGCUUCAGCUGUCUGCGCUCAACUAACGUCUGCAGUAAAGGACUCCAUCACUUCGGCUGUGCUAUCUCUCAAGGCAGAUAUUCAUCCCAUUGAGAACAAAACGCUAACUCACUCCUCAGCGUUGGCUAGUCCGGUACGAGCCACGCUCGGUACCACUGAAUCAGUUUGUAUCACUCACCGCGUUGGCAAAGCUGUUGUUCCGUCACGUGCCAAAGAUACUGAUUCUGAGGGCACAUAUCCCGACGGUUUAACAUCUUCGACUACGAUAAAGUAUGGUGGGCAGUAUGAAGCCACUCCUGCGCCCAACUCGGCUUCAUCUCUCAAGCCGGCAGCUUCGACCCCGUCAAAGUCAGCAUUGACCAAGAAGGAAGAGUUCGCACGCUUGAGUAGCCAGGCUCUUUCCCUCAUCCGAGAAGGUCGCUUAGUUGAUGCGCUGGAAUUGGCACUGGUUUCCACGAAUCAGAGGCUCGUUUUGGAUGUGUGCGGCGAUAUUGAACCGGACCAGCUGUUCUCCUCUGGAAAUACUCAAAUCGGACAGAACAUUUUGCUUUCGCUCAUCCACCAGCUGAGUUGUGGCAACCUGUCUGAUCAGCUAGAUCUUAAACUAAGGUACUUGCAUGAAGCCGUCCUCAGCCUGAACGUUAGGAAUUCUACCACUAUUGAACACGGUCCAAGAAUUAUCGGCCUUCUUUCUCGUCGACUGGAGGCUCUGUUACUCAGUGCGGCAUCCGCGUCAGGUUCCACUAAACUCACUCCAUCUACGCGGGCUCGCAUAGACCAGUUGAAUCAAGCGGCGAAGAAUGUAUCCGAGUCAAUCAAUCCCGGUUAAUUGUAUCAUACUUCCAUAGGACCAUCCGGUCCAUCUCCGUGCUUUACUUUGUCGAUACGCAGCCAAUUUUAUACCUAACACAACCGAUGUCCGUCCCCUCUUCCACACCAAUUCAUAUAAACCAUAAGAUGUCAUUGCAAGCUUCUUGGACUUCUUUCAUCAUGUUGUUGUGAGAAGCUGUGAUGCGAACGGGGUUUUUUAUUGUGGCAAUCGAUGUUGCCACAUUGUGCGUUCACAUAGUUCUUGUUAAAAUUCAAACCUGAGAAUGACUGUUCACACAAGUAGGUCGAGCCAGACAAG